AUGGCCGCGCUGCCGGAGAACCCCGAGGUCCAAAAGUGGGGUUGCAUGAAAUUGUCCCUUUGUGGCGGACAUGAGCGGGCCGCUGCUGAAGCUGAAGCUCCUAGGCUGAUUGCCGCAGCCAUGAAGCAGCAUGAGCAGAAUGGACAAAUCCAAGACUGGGGCAGCCAGGCCUUUGCUGCCUUCUGCGCUGGAGCAGAUCCAGAGAGCUGCAGUCGGAAGGACGGGGCCGUUGCGGAGGGAGCAGUAGAGGUGCUGGUGAAAGCUGCUGUGUCCAAGAAGGCAAGCGCUAAGCGGCAAGCCAUUGGCGCACUGGGCAGCCUUUUCCGGGGGGAAGAUGUUGGAUGCAUGCAGCGUGCGGCCCGCUUGGUGGAAGCUCGUGUGCCGCAGCUGCUUGAACAAGCGCUCAAAGAUGAUGAAAGCUCAAGGACCGUCCGGAAGGUCUUUGGUGCCUUGGCUGAGCUGGUGCAGGUGGUGCCGGAACAGCUCUCCCCGGAGAUGCUGGAGCUCGUGGAGAGGGCUUUGGCCGCCAAUGCCGGGUACGAAGAAAUCCAACGCCUGGGGGAACGCAUUCAGCAAGCAGCUCCGCAGCGGGAGUGCUCCAAAGACAAGCCCACCUACUGGUCGGGCCACAUCGGUGAUGAGGGCUGGGCAGCUUGCCCCGUGACAGGUGAAACCUUGAGCGCUCUCAGGACGAUGUUCGUCGUGAACCAUCCGGCCGAGCUGGGCAGGGGUCGAGAUGCCGACAGCUACCCCCGGAAGUACAACGACCUGCGCGUCCACUGCGCCUGGCGGAUUGAGCAUGAGGAUGGUUGGGACUCGUUUGCCCUCGAGCGGUCCAAGGUGCAAAAGACCAUGAAACGACUUCGUCAGCAAGGGGUGCCGGUUCAACGAUGGCAAAGUAAGCUUGAAGAAGCAUCGAAGAGUUUGCCGGGAUCCACAUACCUCCGCGAAACUGGAGAGAGGUUUUUGCUUCAUGGGUGCAGCCCAGAAGUUGUGCUUGGCAUUCUCCACAGCGGCUUCGAUGACAAAGUCACCAAGAAGGGAAUGUUCGGUGCAGGUUGCUACUUUGCCGAGGACCCCGAGAAAGCCGACCAGUAUGCUCGUCCUGAUCCACAUCAUAAGGCAUCUGGGCUUGAAGAACUUCACGCCCGUUUGUACAAUGGUGAGAAUACGCAUCCCGAAGGGGAUGUGUUUUAUUGUUUCGCCGUGCGAGUCGUGUGCGGUGCCUGCGUUCAAACCAAAGGUUUGGACAAAAGCCGCCCGACGAAAGACGCCCUUAGUGGGGAAGAGAUUUUCUUCAACGCAGACCUAAAGCAGCUGGUUGAGAUUCCUGGCACCACGCCACCUGAAAGGUACCACACCCUGGUGGUGAAUCCCACGUCGGAAUCCACUGGACGCUCUGUGUACAGAAAUCGCGAGGUCAUCUCCUUUAAGGGAGCAAUGACAUACGCCGAGUACUUGAUAGCAUUUACUAGGGAAUUGACUUGA